AUGAUGUCAUCGGAGGAGGAGACCGACUGUUUCGCCCUCUACGGAGCAAGCACCGACAGCAAGCAGCAGCAGCUACUGAAGAAGCAGAAGCGCACGAGACAGCGCGUGGACGCCGGCGAGCCGCGCAAUAGUUACUCCAGCAUACCGAACUUCAGCUCGCGGCCGUCCUUUCUCGGCAGCUCGGCUGCAGGCCUCUACGGCUCUAUAUUCAAUAGCGGCCCCCUGCCCAACAGCUGUCAGCAGUCGCAGCAGCAGCAGCAGUUGUCUCCGAGCCACCAGAGCGCGAGCAGUCAGCAGCACAGCCCGCUGCAGCAGCAGCACUCGCCUUCGCAGCAACAACAGCAGUCCUCUGGCCUAGCCUCGGCUCAGACUAGUCAAGGACAAUCAACGCAACAGCAACAACAACAAUUAAGCUCGUCGAGCAGUGCCGCCGGUACGACGACGUCCUCGACCUCGUCGCAGCAGCAGGCCGCUGCAGCUUUCGGCGGCUUCUUCGGGGCACCGGGCUUCGGCCCGCCCAGCAAGAUGCUCAACGAGCUCUUCGGCCGGCAAGUGAAACAGGCCACGGACGCGGGUGCAUCGCCCGAGGGCAGCCACGGCCUCAGCGGGGCCAUCGGCGCCAUGGACGCCGCGCAGACGAAUCCCCUGCAGCCGGUGGUCGGCUGCGACGACCCGGCCACGGCGCCCGACAUAGCCCAGCACAUGCUGCGCGAGAUCCUCCAGGGUCGCAAGCUCAGCGCCACCCUCGUCGAUCAGGCCGCCAACACCAACAACAACAGCAUCCUCAACAGUAACGGCAUGCACAACAACAACAGCAUACACAACAACAACAACAACACGGAACUAUUGAAGUCGCAACAGCAGCAGCAACGUGAAAGUCCGCUGCAGCAGCAGCAGCAGACGCAACAAAACAGUAACAGUGAAAGUGCGCGAGUGCUCAGUGGUGGAGAAGACAGUGGGGACGGUAACGCCGGUAGCGGGAGUCAUCACAGUGAUCGUGACCCGGUGCUGCCGGCCGAGGCCGAAGACAGUGCGGAGGACGCGGCGUCGGCGGCGCGAGCCAUGGAAGAGGCCUUCGCCGAGGCCGGCAUGGAGCCCGGCACGAACCUCGACGGCUCCGACUGCGAGGCGAGCUUGCCCUCGAGUCCGAACGGCAUGCGCUCGGGCUCGGUCAGUGUCAAGGAGGAGCUUCAGGACUCGCUGCUGAAGCGCUCGCCGAGUCACUCGCCGUGCCCGGUGCUGCCCAAGACCGAGAGCAGCUCGCCCACGACCGAGAUCAAGCGGGCUCGCGUCGAGAACAUCGUGAGCUCGAUGCGCAGCUCGCCGGCCCUGCCGCAGCCCGCGCCCGCGGUGAACGGCUGCAAGAAGCGCAAGCUCUACCAUCCGCAGCAGCAGCAGGUGCAUCACGUGCUCCAGUCGAGUCACGUGCUGAACGACGUGACCAUGCUCGACGACGACGACGAGAGCGACGAGGAGGAGGACUACGCGACGAUCCGGCAGAAGCGCGAGGAGAAGGACAAUCUCAAGAGCCAGUUGAACAAGCUCUACGAGCAAGUGGCGGUGAUGCAGCAGAAGUACAUCGAGCUCUCGAGCCGAAUGGGCCCCGACACGAACGACAGCGUGGACGCGCCACCGAGCCCGCCGAGUCACCACACGGUGGCGGCUCAGCUGCCCCCACGGCCGCACAGGCCCCAUCCGCCCGCGCCCUACAACGGCGCCUUGGCGGCGCUGCCCCACGAUCAAGCCGCCGCGGCGGCCAUGUACAUGGUCAAUCAAAAAUUCUACCUCGAGCAGGAGAGGUACGCCGAGCGGCUCAAGCAACAGGCGGCCGCGGCCCAGGCGCAAGCACAGCAGGCGCAGCAGGCGCACCGAGAGGCGCAACGCGAGGCGCAACGCGAGGCCGCCGCGCAGCAGCAUCAGGCUCAGCAGCAGCAGCAGCAGCUGCAGCGGGCGGAGCAGCGCGAGGAGGUGCUAUCCAUCAGGCAGCAGCAGCAGCGCGAGCGGGAGCUGCAGCGCGAGCGCGAGGCCCAGCGCAGGAGCUCGUCGCCGCAGCAGCCGCCCUCGCAGCCGCCCUCGAGGCAGGACAGCGUGGGCCCGUCGACGCCCCAGGCCUCCUCCACGGCCGUGGCCAGAAUGUCCAAGUCUGGCACGCCCGUCCAGCACAAAGACUUCCACGAGAGUCUGAGCGCGUUGCGCGGCGCCGUCGAGUCGGCCAGCUCGACCAUGCCCAACAUCAGCGGGGCCGACCUCGAGGGCCUCGCCGACAGCCUCAAGACCGAGAUCAGCUCCUAUCUCAACAACCUCAUCGACAGCAUAGUGUCGCGCUUCGUGCAGCAAAAGAAGUUCCUGGGCAAGCAGGCCGAGGCCGGACAGGCGGCGGCCGAGCAGCUCAACAACCUCAACAAAGACCUCAUGCUGGCGAGCCAGUACCUCGAGCGCAAGUCACCGAGGACCAAGGUCGUCGACCGGGGCGCUCAGCAGCAACAGCAGCAGGCCCAGUCCGACCGAUCGGGUCGCGCUGGACCCCUGAACGGGGCCGGACCUGGCCAGUCGAGCUUCUCGCCGAUCGCCGGUCUCGGCUCGUCGCACGCCUCCGGCCAGCACGGCGGCCUGGCGGAGAACAAUCUCAACCAGCUGAAUCAGCUGCCCUCGCACGCCCGGGCGACGAGCAGCCUGUUCCAGCAGCCCAAGCCGCCGACGAUAUACGCCAUGGCUUCGAUGCAGCAGCAGCAACAGCAGCAGAGGGAGCGCGAGAGGGAGCGCGAGCGGGAGCGCGAACAGAGGGAGCAGCGCAGCAGAGAGGAAUACUUGAGCAUGAGGGCCAACGAGGACAGCAGGGACUCGGAACAGAACGAGGCUCUGUCGCUCGUCAUGACGCCUAAAAAGAAGCGCCAUAAGUUAUUUCCACAGGUAACGGAUACACGAAUAACCCCGCGCACGGUAUCGAGAAUCCUGGCGCAGGACAGCAGCUGCUCGCAGAACGGCAGCGGGAGCGUCGGGGGUGCCGACAGUCCACCACCGCCACCGCCGCCGCCGCCGCGACCCGGCCACUACCAGGGCGUCCCCAUGCUGCCGGUCUCGCUGCCGACCACCGUGGCCAUCCCCAAUCCCAGCCUGCACGAGAGCCAGGUGUUCUCGCCGUACUCGCCGUUCUUCAAUCCGCACGCGGCCGCGGGUCACGCGGGCCAGGUGCCGCCCACGGGCUCGCACCAUCUGCCCGCGAGUCCGCCCGGCAGCGGCGGCGUCGAGCUCAGGGACUCGCCGCCCCUGCCCCAUCCACCGGCGAUGCUGCAUCCGGCUCUGCUGGCGGCGGCCCACGGCAAUCCCGACUACGCGCACCUCAGGAUGGACAGCAACGAUCGGGGUAGCGACUGCAACUCGGGCGAGAUCAGCUACGACGGCAUUCAGCCUACAUCGUCGACGUUGACACCCAUGCAUCUGAGGAAAGCCAAGCUGAUGUUCUUCUGGGUGAGGUAUCCGUCCUCUGCCGUCCUCAAGAUGUACUUUCCCGACAUCAAGUUCAACAAGAACAACACAGCGCAGCUCGUCAAGUGGUUCUCCAACUUUCGGGAGUUCUACUACAUUCAAAUGGAGAAGUAUGCGAGACAAGCAGUGGCCGAAGGCAUCAAAUGCGUCGAAGACCUUAAGGUCGUCGGAGAUUCUGAGAUUUACCGGGUGCUAAAUCUUCACUACAACCGAAAUAAUCACAUUGAGGUAUGGAACCCACAGGUACCAUCGAACUUCCGAAAGGUCGUCGAAGAGACUCUCAAAGAGUUCUUCAAGGCGAUCCAAGGUGGUAAGGAUACGGAACAGUCCUGGAAGAAAUCCAUUUACAAAGUGAUCUCAAGGCUGGACGAUCCUGUGCCGGAGUACUUCAAAACUCCCAAUUUUCUGGAGCAACUCGAGUGAAGGAAGCCGCGCGGCCACUCACUUUACGCUCGGUUGUUACUGCAUUAGAAAAAUGGGAUGAAACACGUCGCUUCGUCGUGGCCUAUCAAAACUUUAAUAGAAAAAGGAAAGCCCUCGCGCGGCUACUUUUUCUACUAACUACUACUAAUGCUACUACUACUACUACUGCUAGUGCACCACUGCAACUACGGAGAAGAGGACUACGAGCAGGGAUCAUCGCGACGAUUCAGUGCAUCGCAACAAAACUAUCGCUAAGUAACAAAGUUGGUUUGGAAAAAGCCAAUCAGUACGAGAUAUACAUAAGAGCUAUAAGUCCUCCCUUAACUAUAACGAUAUGGUUGAACGUAUUACAAAUAUAUAUGAUAUAGCAGGUAUCCUUAAAGUUUCGAAAAAAAGUCACGUAAUUAAGCGAACAAACCAAAUAACUGAGCGUGAUGUAAGCCAAGAGUGAACCAAAGGUCGCGCCGUCGCAGAGAGACGCUCAGGGACUGAGUCGAGCUUCGAAACGGAAAGCUCGAUGACAAAAAAAUGACGCAAAUAAUUGCAAACAGCGACGACCAUAAAAAAGCGGAACAAAAUAUAGUGUGAUUGAACGUAAACAAUGUGUAGAUAUCACAUGGAUAAUGAAGUGUUGUUUGUCAAUUACAAAAAUGAAACAAAAACGUUUGUGUCGCCGCGUCGUUGUGAUAUAUAAAAUAUUGAGCUGUUCUCCUGCGCGGCGCUCGAAUUUCGCCUUCGUGGACUCUUGAAGCAGUGUUCUAAAAUUGGUCUCGUGAUACGUUUACGAUAAAGAAAACGAAGAAGACGAUACGAAGAUCCGCCGUCAACGCAUCGAAGCGAUAAAAAAGGGGACACGAAAGCGUUACGCAGUUUUAUUAGUUCAGUAAGUCAGGUGUUGAAUGGAAGAACGAUUAUCGAUGCAUGUCGUAAUUGAUAAAGAAACGUGGGAAAUUCUGAGGAAAUUAUUUAGCGCCGUUUGUACAAAUGCAAAGAAAAUUAUCGAUUUAAAUAACUUUAAGCUUGUUUAAAAAACACAGAAGCUACGUUAUCUGGUUAAUUACUUUUUUAAUGGUAAAACAUAAUCGAUAAGACCCAAUUUUUAAGUACAUGGUGAAAUCGUGUAAUUACAAUUUUAAAGUGAACUCAGCAAAACGUACUCGAAUUCGUUACUGAGAUCGAUCUAGCGUUGAAAGAAACAAUGAAAUUUUUACUUUUGCACUCAAAAUCGUGUUCAUACACAAAUCUUAAGGCUCUGACAGUGAUGUCAAAUGAAUGCUGUCCGCCUUCAUUUGAUAUCAUUGUUAAUGCCGAUAUGAUUUUUAAAACUAUCUGUGGAAUUUUGCUUGUCUAAUAUUUGGCGAAAAACGUUUGAUCAAUUUUGGUUCGAGCACGUAAAGGUGCAGAUCCUUGAGUGUACAAAAUCAUAUGUUUUGAGUCAAAAAUUAGAAACGAAUGAUUUUUAUCAUUUUUAAUUCUCACAAAACUUCUUUUCAUUGUUAGGAAUAAAAAAUAAACAUAUCUUUACACACAAAAUCAAACAUGACACAUUUUAUAUAAACACAUUUAAAGGUUUAAAAAAAAUGAGUUUUAUUCGUAAACUUACUAUCUUAAUCGUUCAAAACCUCUUUAGAAUCUUCGAAAAUUAAAAUGUUGAUUUGAUUUAAUAUUUAUAAAAUUUGUCGAAAGUUUCGGAAAUUUUCUUAUUCGCGAAUUGUAUGCAAAAUUAUAAACAAGUCAAUAGCAAAAAUGUAAGCAUGUUUCAAGCCUUAAAUUAUAAGUUGUACUAAAAAUUUAUCUAAAAAGCGGCGUCCUAUAAUUGGUUCGAUUAUAUAAAAAAAAACGACAAAAAUGUUAACUAACCAGACGCGGGUACGUAUCUAUCAAGAGUAGAUUAUAAUACAAAGAAGAUGAAAUGAAUGAAUAUUUAUACGGAUAAAAAAUGAUUAUAUAUUAAAAUAAAUUGAUUUUAAAAAUUCAUAUGUAUAGAAUUAAACGAAAAUUGUUUUUCGUUAGAUUGUACAAUGUAUUAAGUACUAAAAUACACUUACACUUGACGAAACAUUGUCCACAUUUUAAGUGUUAUAAAAAUCACGCACAAAUGGAGUCAAAAAAUUACACACAUCACAUUCAUAAACGAAGCACGUGGCUGUACAAUUACAGUACAUUACCCGGUCUUUCAGUUCGUUUGAAAGAUCGCACUUUGUAGAUAUUUUUUCGCUAAAUAAUAUGCAAAUUACGGAUAUAAAUAUUUAUAAAAUAUAUAUUUAUAAUUUUAGUUACUAAUAUGAUCCGAGCUAAUUACAUUGAUUUUUCCAUUGAGUAUCACGGAUGUAAUAGCAACACUUUCGACGAUGAUAUUGUCAUAUCCACAAAAAUAACAUCGCCGAAAGUUCUCUUUACAAUUGUACAAGAUGAUUAUAUUUAUUAGAUAAUUUUGCAAUCGCACGAUUCAGCGUUAUUUUGAUUAUUACGAAUUUGCAAAUAAUUAAGCAAUGUCCAGUCUCUUAAGAUUAUUAUUUAUGUGAUCGGCGUAUUCAAUAUUUACUUUUUAUGUCUCACUUCUGCCGCUUGAUUAUUUGAUCUGCGUUUGAUUUUCCGUUUACAAUUAACUUCUUUAUAAAUGCUGUAUUUUAGUUAUUAUUUUUGAUCUUGUAUAAUAUUAUAGUUAUUGAUUUUUAUAUUAUAAUUUCAUGUAGCAUGACACCACGCGUAUACACUUUUUUGCAAGCGGUGAGUCUUAACCUAGUCACGAGUCACUAAAUUUUUAAUUAAUUAAUAUGAG